GCAACAAGGAGGAGGGUCAGAGCGCAUCAGAAUCACUUUUUGCGAGUGAAGAAUUGCUUGCCGCGUCCUCGCCAUGGAAACUGUUUUGGCGUCCUCGCUUUCUGCCUCCGUAGCACCCCAGGCACUUGCCUCGCGUCAGGCCCAACUGUCGGGCAGCUCCUUUGCAUGCUCCUCUCAGCAGUCUACUGCUUCUGCAGCCGGCCCUAUGCUGGUGCAAAUCCGUGCCAGUCGGCGGUGCGACUUGACAGGCAAGAAGGCUAAUAAUGGGUACAAGGUUUCGUUUUCCAACCAUAGAACUAAACAUUUGCAGCAACCGAAUUUGCAGUACAAGCGGCUCUGGUGGGAGGAGGGCAAACGCUUCGUGAAGCUUCGAAUUUCAACGAAGGCUUUGAAGACGAUUGAGAAGAAUGGCCUGCAGGCUAUGGCCAAGAAGGCAGGUAUCAAUUUGGCUGACUACUAGGUUAGUAUCGAUUCUUCUCCAUUCUCUUGGAAAACUCUUGAGUUGGUAGCACUUUUUGAACACGUACUCAAACAAAAAAAAUUGAUAUCUAGUGGUUGUUUGCUUAGCAAAGUAGAUUGAGCGUGUAAUGAAAUCCGAGGCAAUAAUGAAGUCCUCUUUGUCUAUCUAUUGUCCAAGGCUGUUUUGUAAGUUCUAUCCCAGCAA